AUGAUGGUAGGACACAGGCUGGGAUUGUUCGGCGUGUUAUUUUUCUGCGGAUUGGCUAACGCGGGGAUAUUGGACAAUUUCAACUGGGCGAGAUCGGAUAGGAUCGAAGUGAAUCUACCUUGGUUGCCUUUCGAAAACGAGACGCGCUGUUACGAUGAAUUGGGAUGUCUCAAUAUCACCCGGACUUGGUACCAUUUGAUCCAUCGGCCGUUCAACGUGUUCCCAUUGCCUCGGUCUGUGAUAAACACUAGAUUUAUACUGUACACAAGAUUAAACCCAUCCGAUGGGCAAUUAGUUAGAGCAGCUAAUCAAUCGAUUGAAAGGUCCAAUUUGGAUAUUAAGAAGAAGAUUAAGUUUAUUAUACACGGAUUUAUCGACACACCCUUAUCGAAUUGGGUGAAGGAAAUGAGAGAUGAGCUUUUGAAAUCGCAGGAUGUGAAUGUAAUUGUUGUGGACUGGGCAGGAGGUAGUUUACCUUUGUAUACACAAGCGACAGCUAACACAAGACUGGUUGGAAUGGAAAUAGCAUUUUUAAUUAACUAUUUAAUCAAAAACUACGAGCUCGACCCCGGCGAGAUCCACAUCAUCGGGCACUCGUUGGGCGCCCACACGGCGGGCUACGCGGGGGCCCUCGUACCCGGAUUAGGCCGGAUCACCGGAUUGGACCCCGCCGAGCCCUAUUUUCAGGGCAUGCCGCCUCACGUUAGACUCGACCCGUCCGACGCCGAAUUGGUAGAUGUUAUUCACACCGACGGCAAAGGGAUAUUUUUCUUAGGGUAUGGGAUGUCCCAACCGUGCGGCCAUCUGGAUUUUUAUCCCAACGAUGGCAAGGAACAACCUGGAUGCGACAUUACCCAAACUCCCUUAGUUCCUUUGACUUUAAUAAGGGACGGCUUGGAAGAAGCCUCUAGAGUCCUAGUAGCCUGUAAUCACGUCAGAGCGAUCAAAUUAUUCACGGACAGCAUCAACACCAAAUGCCCCUAUAUCGGGCAUCAAUGUAAGACAUUCAAUCAAUUCAAAGAAGGUAGAUGUUUCACGUGCAAACCAGGACCGGGUUGCGCCGUAAUGGGCUAUCACGCCGAUUCUACGCCGGGUUUACUAGAAAACAACGAAGUACAACCCCAAUCUAAGCUACAAGACACCGUAGGCACCAAGUACUAUUUAACCACUGGAAAAGAACACCCCUAUUGUCAUAGGAUGUACAGGAUAAGCAUAGAGCUGGCUCAUCCUUCGUAUGCCGAAAAUUGGGUGCAAGGGCACCUGAAGGCUUCGGUUUACAGCCCGUCGGGCGUGAUGCACGCCGAUCUCACGCCCUCGGGCGAUAUGAAAUUAGAGCACGGAGCCACUUACACUACGGUCAUUUCGCAUCCGGUGGAUUUGGGCGGAAACGUUAAAAAGGUAGAGGUCAGUUGGGAGUACGACAUGAACGUUUUGGAGCCCAGGACUCUGUGCCUGUUUUGGUGCAACGAUCAUUUGUACGUGAGGAACGUGCUGGUGGAGGAGAUGGAGAUGCCCGGAAGAGGGAAAAGGGACGCUCAGUUUUCCAGCAAGCUGUGCUCGAAAGGCAAGAAGGAUUACGUAGAUAUAGCGAAUAGGGGAAAGGGGAUAUUUUUAGAUACGUGCCUUGUGGAUAAGUAUUCGAAAAGUUAG